AGGAUGGCUCAGGAUCGCGCCACUCCAGCGAGCACCGUUUCCCUGGAAGAAUUAAGUAGCUGGCCGGAGGAGCUAUGUCGCCGGGAGCUAUCGUCCAUCCUACCCCGGCUCCUCUCUAUGUAUCAGCAUUCUGGCAGUUGGACGGAGCAUAUUCAACUUCUGAAAAUUAUUGUAGACAUGUUCCUACCUCACAUGAACCACCUGGCUUUGGAAAAGACUUUCUUUUCUCAAGUAUUACCAAAGACUGUGAAAUUAUUUGAUGACAUGAUGUGUGAAUUAACCAGUCAAGCAAAAGAACUGUCAAGCCAAAAUUUAGAAAUCCAGAGCACUCUAAGGAAUAUUUUACAAACAAUGGUGCAGGUCUUAGGAACCCUUACAGGAUGUGUUCAGCGUGUCUGUGCCACACAAGAGUCCAUUGUUCUAGAAAAUAUUCAUAGUCUCCCUUCUUCUGUCCUUCAUGUAAUCAAAAGUACAUUUGCACAUUGUAAGAAUAGUGAAUCUAUAUACUCGGGGCAGUUGCACCUGGUUUCAGACCUUCUCCAGGCUCUUUUCAAGAAAGCCUAUUCCCUUCAAAAGCAGCUAAUGGAACUGCUGGAUAUGGUUUGCAUGGACCCUUUAGUAAAUAAGAAUGAUGAUAUUUUGAAUAUGGUAAUAGUUAUUCAUUCAUUUCUGGAUAUCUGCUUGAUUAUUUCCAGUAUAGACAGUGCUUUCCAUGCCAAUACUUGGAAGUUUAUAAUUAAGCAGAGCCUUAAGCACCAGUCGCUUCUAAAAAACCAUUUGAAACACAAAGAUAUAAUUACGAGCUUGUGUGAAGAUAUUAUCUGCUCCUUCCAUUCUUGCUUACAGCUAGCUGAGCAGAUGGCACAGUCAGACAUACAGGAUAACAGUGACUACCGAUUAUUUCAGAAAACACUCAAAUUAUGUCGUUUCUUUGCCAACUCCCUUUUGCAUUACACUAAGGAAUUUCUUCCAUUCCUCUCUGAUUCUUGCUGUACAUUGCACCAGCUCUAUCUUCAGAUACACAGCAAGUUUCCUCCGAGUCUGUAUGCGACCAUGAUUUCUAAAGCACAGCAGGAGGAGAUCGCAGGAACUUUCCUGGUGACACUAGAUCCACUCAUCAGUCAGCUUCUCACGUUCCAGCCUUUUGUGCAAGUCAUUUUGGACAGGGAACUUGACCUGCCUUGUGAACUACAGUUCCCGCAAUGUCUACUUCUGGUUGUCAUCCUGGAUAAGCUACCUUCUAAGCCUGAGGAUGUGCAGAUGCUGUGGUGUGCAGAAAGCCGAGUCUCAGAAGAUAAAGCCAGGAUAUCUCUACUCAAAGCCCUUUUCUGCAGUUUUGAGCAGUGUUCUGCUGAACUCUCCCUCCCUGUUCGUUUACAGGGAGUAAACAAUAAAGGGCAAGCCCAGGUUGCUGUCACCUUGUAUCAGUACAUUUGUGUUCAUCUGUGUACCUUUAUUGCUUCUUCACACCCAUCAGUCUUUCCUGAAUUGGAUGCUGCACUAUUGAAUGCUGUGCUGAGUGCUAAAAUGAUCACCUCUUUGUUAGCUAUGGAUGCAUGGUGCUUCCUUGCCCGAUAUGGUACUGCCAAACUCUGUGCACACCAUGUAACCAUACUGGCUCAUUUAAUAAAAUCUUGCCCUGGAGAAUGUUAUCAGCUCACCAACCUGUCAAUACUAUUUCGGCGCCUCUUCUUCUUCAUGGCCCCACCCUACCAGGUGGAAUUUAUCCAGAAAUUUUCCCCUAAAGAAGCAGAAAACUUGUCUCUGUGGAAGUAUCUUUCCUUCCAGGCUUUACCUUCUGAUCUCAGGAAAGAAACUGCCAGUGAGGUCACCAGAGCAAGUAUUGCCCAGUGCAGGGAAUGGCUGAGAAGCAGUCGUACUGUGGGAGAACUUCAGUCGCUGAACACAGCACUCUCAGCUUUGCUUGCCGUGUGUAAUUCUGCUGGUGAAACUUUGGAUAUUGGACAACAAACUGCAAUUAUUGAAAUUGCGAGCCAGCUUUGGGCUCUUUUAAACAUUAAACAGGUAAUGAACCAACCUUAUGUUCAGCAAACAGUCAGCCUUUUAUUUCCACUAUUGGGUAUUUUCAUUCAAACUCUAGAUCCUCAAUUGAUAAAUCAGGUGGUAACUUUGCAGACCUCACUACUUAAAUUAGAGCCUCCCGACCAUGUCCGUUUGGCAAUGCUGGAUUUUGUAUCUUCACUAGGGAAACUCUUUAUACCUCACGCUUUCCAGGACAAAAUUCUGCCCAGCCUGUCUAGUGUAUUUGCCUUACUGCUAACUGAUGGGAAUUGGCUGCUAGAACAGCAUUCUUUGGAAGCAUUUACUCAGUUUGCUGAGGGAACAAAUCAUGAAGAUAUUGUUCCACAGUGCCUCAGUUCUGAAGAAACUAAGAACAAAGUUGUAUCUUUUCUGGAAAAGACUGGGCUUAUCGAUGAAAAUCAAACUGCCAAAAUAGAACGUUUGAAACAGGAGAGGCGCGUCUUCCAGGAGCCCUUUCCCGAAGUGACUACAGAAGAAGGGGCACUGGCAGCUCUACAGCCUUCUGUGAAAAGAGCCCGUCACGAGUUCCCAUUAGAAGAAGAGUACAGAACAGCACUACAAACAGCAACUGGGGCCUUGGAGGCAAUUGAGUCAUUACUCCAAAAGUCUCCUGCUCCAGACUGGCUGUUAAUGAAAAUAGAAAAGCUCCAGGAAAGGAUUGACACACUAAAACGCUGUUCACUCAAGGGUGAAACGUGA